AUGUUAAGCUCAUACGAUGAUAUCGUACCUGGCACAGUUCAUCUAGUGGACGUAGACCAUGAUAUACAAGGACGGCAUCUCGAUGGCGAUCAUGAUAUUGUUUUGGUGCCAAAGCCCAGUUCAGACCCAGAAGAUCCGCUCAACUGGUCCAAGCAACGUAAAGGUUUAGCGAUUGGUAUGGUAUAUUGUUAUACGAUCGGACUUGGAAUUUCAUCAGCUGUGCAAUACUCGGUCUUGACCCAAAUCACCGAAGCGACUGGCAUUACAAAUGCCCAGCUCAAUCUUGGCACUGGUCUACAGUUCCUUUUCCUUGGCUGGGGAAAUCUAAUCUGGCAACCUAUCGCUCUAACAUACGGCCGUCGGGGUGUCUAUGUUCUUUCGGCGUUUCUCUGCGUCUUUCCUAUAAUAUGGUCUGCGUACUCUACAAGCGCAGGUGAAUGGUAUGCGCACAGAAUCAUAUUUGGAUUCGUAGGCGGGCCCAUUGAGUCACUCCCAGAGAUAUCAGUGCCGGAUCUCUUCUUUGCACAUGAGAGAGGCACAUACAUGGGAAUAUACGUCUUCUUGUUAUUCGGAUGUAAUUUCGUCGCACCCUUAUGUGCAGGCUGGAUUGAUCUUGCAUCAAAUUGGCAAUGGGUCAUGUAUUUUGGUGCCUUAGUACAAGCUGCGUCAUGUAUAAUCAUGUACUUCUUCUUAGAAGAGACCAUCUACUUCCGCAACACAGUCGAAGGUGUUGACGACGGGGACAGCGCAGGGAAUUCUGUAGCGCCGCAGACCGAUGACAUCUUUUCGCAGAACAAAGAGGUUGACAAUGAGCCUAAAAUUGUUGAAGAACCUACCACCAUAUAUUUGGGGACUACAUCGUCGCAGAAAUUAUAUUGGCAGAAACUUGCUCUGUUCAGAUCAGUGCCUGGACGACCUUCGAUUAAGCAGACCCUCAAGAUGAUGUACCGCCCGCUGCUGAUGAUGUAUCACUUCCCGUCCGUCACCUGGGCCGGUCUUCUAUAUGGGACUUGUCUAUCAUGGUACAAUGUCCUCAAUGCGACAACUUCUUCUCUCCUUAGCGCCUCGCCCUACUUCUUUUCCUCUGGUCUCGUCGGAACCGCUUAUACCGCUCCGCUUAUUGGAGCUGCACUUGCAGGCCUUUGGAGUGGUUGGGUUACUGACAAAUUCGCUAUCCGGCUCGCUCGUCGUAAUAAUGGUAUUCGAGAGCCAGAACACAGACUUUGGGCUCUUAGUCUCUCUGGAUUGCUUUGUGCAGCUGGUUUGAUCCUAUGGGGCGUCGGUGCUGCAAAUGAUUUGAGUUGGGUUGGACUGGUCUUUGGGUUGGGUAUGCUCGCAUUUAGUGUGAUUGCUGGUGGUUCUAUUACGUUGAGUUAUGCUGUGGACUGUUUCAAGGAAAUCUCUGGCGAGACAAUGAUGUCUGUUGUCGUCAUUCGAAAUACAACUGGCUUUGCUAUUUCCUAUGCCAUCAACCCAUGGAUUGAUGCUAUGGGUGUACAGAAUUGCUUCAUUACUGCUGCAAUGAUCGCUUUAGGUUGCACUGCAACGUUUUUGCCUAUGAUUUAUUAUGGUAAGAGCAUGAGGAAGGCUUCGGCUAAGAAGUAUUGGGACUAUGUUGCAACAGCAGCAACAACGCAUGCUUAG